UGGUGGCCGCGCGCGCGUUUUGUUUGCUCUCAUCAUUUCAUUUGCGGCCGCGAUCGAGAAAUGAGACGCAGCAGCGCUUGGCUCGCGUUCCUCGUGCUGGCCGUCGGCAGGACGGCGGCGAUGCCGGCGGCGCCGCCGCCAAGAAUGGACAAGUCGGCAAACUUCGUCCAACUGCUGCGCGAAAUGAACCAGACCAACGACUCGGAUGCUGCGGUCCAGGAAGCCGACCAGGCGUUGAAUUUUCUCCAAACUUUCGGCUAUCUGGAUCAAAGCAACCUAAGAAUCGCCAAUUUCUACAGCGGAGAUGCCGUCGUGAAUGCGAUCAAACAGAUGCAGAAGUUCGGCGCCAUUCCCGAAACGGGCCGAUUGGACAAUGCCACAGUCAAGUUGAUGCACACGAAGAGGUGCGGCGUGGAAGACGUGACCCGCAAAAGCGACCCCGAUAGUCUGCAACUGAGGUCGCUCACGGGUCACAAGCAAAACUCAAGGAGCCGCACCAAACGCUUCAUCCAGGGCGCAGAGGGGUGGAGGAAAAGAACAAUCACUUACUUCAUUUCCAACUGGAGUCCGAAGCUGAGCGAGCAGGUGGUCGUGUCGGAAAUGCAGAGGGCCUUCCAAGUGUGGGCCGAGUACGCCAACCUCAAGUUUGUCCGGGUCAACAGCCCCGACGCGGAUAUUAUUGUCGCCUUCGGCCGCGGACCGCACGGUGACGGAUACUCAUUCGAUGGCGAGGGCCUGGUUUUGGCGCACGCUUUUUACCCUUACGAGUUCGGCUCCUUUGGCGGCGACAUCCACUUUGACGACGAUGAAAAGUGGAAACUCAAGCUGGACGGCCCAUUUGAUGACGGCGUUGAUUUCUUUUCCGUGGCCGUGCACGAGUUGGGUCACAGCCUGGGUCUGGCGCACUCGCCCGAGAAGGACUCGGUCAUGUUUCCAUACUUCAAGGGCUUCAACAACAAUCCCGCCAGACUCGCCUACGACGAUGUUCUCGGCAUGUAUCAUGUGUAUGUGAGUAAAAAUUUGCCUGAAACGGACAAAACCGAAGCUCCAGAUAGGCAGAGUCCGAGGCCAACGACAACGACAGCGCGACCGACGACGACAAGGCCGACGACUCGUCGAAUCCCUGGUUAUCCUAGUUAUCCAACAAGGCGGCCGUACAUAACAACGACCACGAUGAGGACGACACAAAGGCCGAGUUUCGUGCCGACCUACGAAGGGGACUACGACACGGUGACCUCGCACAGACAAAAGUUCGGCUCGUCAACGCCGAUCGGAGGGAGAAUGACCGUGCAGUCGACGGAGAAGACGAGCAGCUCGAGCACCACGCACCGCACCGCCACCGAAGUCGUGGCGCACGAUGACGACGACGACGACAGGCAGCGCCCAAAUAAAAAUAACAACACCAUCUGCGACGGAGCAGUGGACACCAUCGCCUUACUCAGAGGCGAAAUCGUCGUUAUUAGAGAUUCGCUCGUGUGGAGGCUCUCAGACAAAGGAGUGACCCUGGCAGGUUAUCCAGUGCCUUUCCGGAGGCUUUUUUGGCAGCUUCCUGAUGAGGUGACCAAAAUCGACGCCAUUUACGAGAGGCCCGGUGACAACACAAUCGUCAUCUUCUCUGGUGAUAAAUAUUGGGAGACUGACGGAAACAGGCUUUCGCCGAACUCACCGAGAUCUCUGACCUUUUUGGGCCUGCCUUCGUUCGUGAAGAAAGUGGACGCCGUGCUAGUCUGGGGCAAAAACGGAAAAACCUAUUUCUUUAGUGAUAAAUACUAUUGGAAAAUGGACGACUCGCUCUUUAUGAUGGAGCAAGGCUACCCGCAGAAAAUCACCGAGAGGUGGAGAGGCGUUCCAAGCAACAUCGACGCAGCCCUCACUUACAGAGACGGAAUGACGUACUUCUUCAAAGGCAAGCAAUACUGGAGGUUCGACAACGCGGAAAUUCAAACCCUGCAAAAAUAUCCAAAGUCUUCGGGAAGAGAUUGGUUUGGCUGCUCGUGAAACGAUGAAAGAGCUGAUAUAGUAUUGUGAAUUUUAGACAGUUCAGUGUAAUGAAAUUUUUAGAAAAUCGGUAGAUUUUUUACCCAUUAAACAUGAUUUGGGUUACACCUGAGAUAAAAAAGGCAUUUAGACCAGGUAAGAAAUCGAACCCUGGCGUCAGGGUUGCCUUAAAGGCUUUUUGAUGACGCCUGAUGGGUUUUGCAUCGGUUCAAAUUGCAAGAUUUGCACACCGUUGGAAUGUCCAGGUCAAGAGCUUCAGAAUGUGUGCAACUCGAUCCUUCUGGAAGACAUCAGGGCAUCCUCAGGGUACUCAGGGCGUUUUCUGAUGGCUGUCAAAAUGGGUCAAGUUGCACAUAUUCUGAAAGCUCUUGACCUGGUCAUUCCAACGGUGUAAAAUUCUUGCAAUUCGUACCAUUACAGAGCCCUUCAGGUCGUUAGUGGUUUGAGGGCUACCCUGGCGCCAGGGUUCAAUUUCUUAUUUCUUCUGAUGGUGUUUCCGACCUCAUAAGUUGCCCUAAGCAUAUUUGAUAGUCAAAAUCAACCUAUUGGGCAAUUCAAUUUAAAAAAACGUCCUAUGGUUGGGCAGAAAAUAAUUAUUACAUUGAAAACGUCUAAAAUUCACAGCCCAGAUUACAAAACUGAUGCCAAAUUUUUUGUAGUGUUAAUUUUUUAUAUAUAAUAAAUAAUAUUCAGACUUGA